UAUCGCUUCAAUACCACCGCAAGGAGGCAGCAGGUCGUAGAAGGUCCUCCUCCAAGUUCUCAUACACGAAUUUUUUUGCGAGCGACGGAAGAAAAUACCGUAGACGGGAAAAGCUUAAAUCCAUUAUUUUUCCCCCCCAUCUCCCUUCCUCCCACCCCGAAAAAAAAGGUUUACCGAAAAAUUCCAAACAGCAUCAAAAGGGACAACAAAUAUUAUCUCCAAUUAAAUACCGUUUGGGUCCCCCUCCCCCACACUUCGAUUCGCAAGUCCGAAAUCAAACAGCUUCCCCCUCUCUCUCCCCUCCCCUUCCCCUACUCCUAAGCGCGCUCCUUGACCCCCCCCCCCCACAGACAAACUCCUUCAGGAACAUCUUGAAGUGUCCCAAAGACCCGCCUCCUCCAGACAUGAGCUCCUUCAGGCUUGCCCACCUUCUCCUGCUGGCGCUGACCAUGGCAAUCCUCGGAUCCUCUACUACUUCGGCUCACAGAGUGUUGAAAGGAGGAUGUCUUAACUACGGCCAUUCCUGUCUUGGAGCCCACGGGAAGAGAUCAUCGAGCACCCAAGGAGAGGGGCGGUCUGCCACGCCCACUCUACAGCCAGCCUUGCCACGCCCACUUCUGGACAUCCUCCUGGACGCCCUGAGCUCAGCUACACGCCCAGGUUCUCAGAGCUCCGCCCACCCUCAGUUCAGACAGAGGUUCCCAAGCGACUCGGCUGCCAAAGCCUCCCCCCGCGGUCUGCUCCUGGAGGAUGUGAACGAAGGCGGCGUGCGCGUCGUGGCGGAUGGGAACGAGGACUCCGCCUCCUUCGGUUACGCCCCUAAUGAUCAGGAAGCAGAGGAUGCCGUCUAUGUUUUCUCUCCUGUAGAGGAUUACAGCGAAGCCCGCUACAGAAGGGAUGCUGGGAACGCAUCUGCCAAGGACACGAUCUUGGCCAAGGACCAGACCCCCGCGAAGGAAACCGAGAUGGAGAAGAAGGAAAAAAACAGCGGCCUCGAAACCGCACGGGAUGGAAGGGUGAGGAUGGAGAGCAGCUCGGCACAGCCCAGGAGGAUUGUGGAUCUGCAUAUCCUGGCGAACUGGGUAAGGCGAUGAAUGAUAGGCACCAACAACAAUAACAACAUCAUCAUCAACAACAACAACAACAACAACAACAGGACAAUGAAGAAUAUACACACAGAGGCUCUGGAUUUGGUCAACCACACACAUGUAUCUUAAUGAAUAAUCCAUCCUUAACCAGUAAAUUAUAUUUUCUAUUUUCUCUCUCUUUUCACAUGAUUUUUUUUUUCUCUCUCUCUCUCAUGAACAUUACUGUAUCCUGCUAAAUGGCGCAGCAUGCUUCACUAUCCAAUAAAAUAUCCUUAACCCGA